AUGGGCAAAUCGUCCAAGGAUAAGCGCGAUGCCUACUACCGCCUAGCUAAGGAGCAAGGCUGGCGCGCGCGCAGCGCGUUCAAGCUGCUGCAGCUCGACGAGGAAUUCGACCUCUUUGCCGACGUCUCCCGCGUCGUCGACCUCUGCGCCGCGCCCGGGUCCUGGUCGCAGGUCCUCUCGCGCGUCCUCAUCCAAGGCGAAACGUUUGGCCGCGCCGCGUGGCAAGAUCGCGAAGCCCGUCUCCGGCAGCAGAUGCUAGGCGUGCUGUCACCGUCCGCGACCCCUCCCCCGACCGACGACGACCAGCAACACCCUUCGGCCGACGAGGAGCUCGCCCGGACCGUCGCGGCGCAGCACGCCGCCUCGCGCCCACGCGACAAUGUCAAGAUUGUCGCCAUUGACCUGCAGCCCAUCUCGCCGCUCGCGGGCAUCACGACCCUCCGCGCCGACAUUACGCACCCGGCGACGGUGCCGCUGCUACUGUCCGCGCUGGACCCCGAGUACGCUAGGGACGACAGCAACACCGCCGCCAACCCGGUGGACCUGGUGCUCAGCGACGGCGCACCCGACGUGACGGGCCUGCACGACCUCGACAUUUACGUGCAGUCGCAGCUGCUCUUUGCCGCGCUCAACCUGGCGCUGUGCGUGCUCAAGCCGGGCGGCAAGUUUGUGGCCAAGAUCUUCCGCGGCCGCAACGUCGACGUGCUGUACGCGCAGCUCAAGCUGUUCUUCCGCAAGGUGGUCGUGGCUAAGCCGCGGAGCAGCCGAGCCAGCAGCGUCGAGGCCUUUAUCGUGUGCGUCGACUUCCGGCCGCCGCCGGGGUUCUGCGCGAGCCUCGAGGAGCCGCUCGGCGUCGGGCCGCGGCUCGGCGGCAUGGUGGAGGCGCGGAGGCGGCAGAGGCCCGUGGUGGCGGCGAGCAGGAUGCAGGACGCGGCGCGGGGAACGUGGGAUGCGGUGGUAGCCGGCGACGGAACCGGACUGGACGACUACUACGACGUGGUGGAGGAGAGGCACGUAUACGAUGACGAGGACGGGGCGGACACGGGGCGGACGUCGGCGACGACGGAUCCGAGCAAGAGGUGGAUUGCUCCGUUUAUUGCUUGCGGCGAUCUGUCCGCGUUUGACUCGGACGCUUCCUACACGCUACCCGAGGACUAUGUCUCCCUGGACCCGGUGCAGCCGCCGAUUGCGCCGCCGUAUAAGCGAGCGAUUGAGAUGCGGGCUGCCCUGUCCAGAGCCGCGAAAUAA